UAAAUAUACAUACAUUCUGUUUUCUAUUCAAGAAUAAGAGAUGGACCCUCAAGCAAGCAGAACAAUAGAAGUGGCGUCACUCGGCCGGCCAUUCAGCCUCGGGAUGCUGUACGACUGCCGGCAGGAUUCACUCGUCCCUGGCCUGACACUGUGGAACUGUGAUGACCUGGAAAAAGAUACAAGAGAAAGACCAAAACCUAGCAGUGACUUUGAGAUGGUGGCAUCUGAAUCAAUUGAGGAUAAAUCUUCAGCACUUGAGGUUGAAGCCUCUCUGAAAGCAAGUUUCUUGGGUGGACUGGUAGAGGUUGAAGGAUCAGCCAAAUAUCUCAACGAUAGCAAGACUUCCAAAAAUCAGGCCAGAGUAACACUAAAGUACAAAACUACCACAAAGUUCCAUGAACUGUCCAUGAAACAUCUUGGAAGAGGCAAUGUUAAGUAUCCAUAUGUCUUUGAUGAAGGAAUAGCAACACAUGUAGUCACAGGUAUCCUUUAUGGGGCACAAGCCUUCUUUGUCUUUGACCGUGAGGUGUCUGUCAGCGAGAACCAUCAAGACAUUCAGGGAAACUUGAAGGUGAUGAUCAAGAAAAUCCCCUGCCUUUCAAUAGAGGGCGAAGGCUCGCUGAAAAUGGAAGACAAGGACAAAGCAAAUGUAGAAACAUUCUCCUGCAAAUUCCAUGGAGACUUUUCACUUGAAAAAAAUCCUGUGUCCUUUCAGGAUGCAGUAGAGGUGUACCAAAGUCUGCCAAAGCUGCUGGGAGCCAACGGGGAAAACGCAGUACCAGUGAAGGUCUGGCUGUUGCCUCUGACAUGUUUAGAUUCUUCUGCUGCUAAACUUGUCCGUCAGAUAAGUAUAAGAUUAGUUCAAGAAUCUCAGAGUGUCCUGGAGGACUUCAGUGACCUGGAAAUGAGGUGCAAUGAUGCACUGAGAACCCAAACUGCACAGCAGUUCCCACAGAUUGAAAAAAAACUGAAAACCUUUAAACAGAUGUGCUCUGAGUUCAAACUGAAAUUCCAACAAACCCUGUCAAAGAAACUUCCAUCAAUCCGAGGAGGAGGAGAAGAAGAAGCUGUGCUUGCAGAGGAACUGAGGAAGACAUGUUCUUCUCCUUUCAACAGCAAGGACCUGAACGAGUGGAUGGACUGUAAGGAGAGAGAAAUAUCCAUUUUGAAGUCGUACACCAACAUGAUGAAAAACACCCAGAUCGUUCCACGUGAAAAUGAUCUUCAUGAAGAAAUUCUCAAUGCAGAGCAUGCUGUGUGUUUUGUCUUCACCUCGCUGGGAAGUGAGGAACCGUACCUCUCAACUUUAUCAAACCACCUUAAACAAACACCCAAACCAGACGACGCUCAAGAUCCACACACUCCAGCUUUAGAAAAGGAACAAUGGUACCUCACAAACGAAGUAGCAGAAACAUUGAGAAACAAAGCAAAGCUCUUCAAUGAUUUUGCAGAGGCCAACAAGGAGAACAAGAACAUCACAUUCCUGACGGUGGGUUUAACAAACGAGACACACAAAGGUGCCAGCAUCUACCUUUAUACAGACGGCCUUUCUGUCAAUGAGAACUUUGAGCCGCCUUCAAAGCCUGCAACAGUAACAGGAAGUGAUAUAAACCACAACAGUGUGACACUGAGGAUUUCUCCACCCAGAUUUGGAGCAGAGGACAUCACCUCCUACUCUGUUGAGUACCGUGCCAGUGGAGAGGACGACUGGAAACAAAAGACAGCAUCCAAAGCUGAAGAAGUCACAGUGAGCGGCCUGAGUCCUAACACAGAGUACAUGUUCAGAUGCAGGGCAGAGACACCAGUAGGUGCCGGGCCAGCCAAUGAACUCAGUGGAUCCAUUAAAACCUUACCCUGCAGCCCUCCUGGAAAACCCAACGUUGAAUCUAACUCAAGUGAGAUAUCAGUCAGCUGGGAGAAACCUGCUGAGCUCGGACAAGAUGUCCACGUUUUGAGCUACAUCGUGGAGUACGCCAAACCAGACCAACAGGUGAAAGAGGAAGAUCUCCACUGGGAGCAAAUUAUGGUGAGAGCUGAGAAGGCGAUCAUUUCAGGACUUCAGCCAGAGACAGAAUACGCUGUCAGGGUCAGGUGUGAUUGUGGUGCAGCUGGAAGAAGCAAAGAAAGCAUUGCUGUUAAUGUCCGCACAACUAAACGUGAAUUUGCACGUCUUGCCGAAUUCCUCAAAAGUAAAAGCAAAAGGAUCAACUCUGAAUCUCCCUCAGUUUACAAACUGCCUCUGACAGAAGAAGAUAUGGAUGUUGAUGGAUGCCGAGGGUACACCUUUGGCAAAGAAAGCAUGAGGCAAAAUCGCACAAUAAUGAUUCUCGGAGCAACCGGGGCUGGUAAAUCCACUCUGAUCAAUGGACUCAUCAACUACGUAGUUGGUGUAGAGUGGAAGGACAAUUUCAGAUUCAAGUUAAUUGAUGAGGGUCAGUCGAGAUCUCAAGCUGAGAGCCAGACCUCUGAAGUCACUGUGUACAACAUCAACCACCAAGAGGGCUUUAAAAUCCCUUUCUCUCUGACCAUUGUUGAUACUCCAGGUUUUGGAGAUACAAGAGGAAUAGGAAGAGACAAAGAGAUCACAGAGCAAAUCAGGAGGCUUUUCACUUCUGUGAAUGGAGUCAGUGAGAUUGAUGCUGUGUGUUUUGUCACCCAGGCCUCUCUUGCCCGACUAACAGCCACACAACGAUAUGUGUUUGACUCUGUGCUCUCCAUCUUUGGCAAAGACGUGGCAGAGAAUAUUCAGAUGCUGGUCACCUUUGCAGAUGGCAAGCAGCCAACUGUUCUUGAGGCAAUAAACAACUCUAGGGUUCCAUGUCCAAAAAAUGACCUAGGGCUUCCAGUUCACUUCAAAUUCAACAACUCAGCGUUGUUUGCAGAUAACAGAAGCAGCAGUGAUCGGACCUCUGAUGAGAAUUCUGAAGAGGAUGAUGAGGAUGAUGAUGACUUUGACGAAAUGUUUUGGAAGAUGGGCAUCAAAAGUAUGGAGAAGUUCUUCACUGCUUUGACUAAACUGACAACCAAAAGCUUGCUCAUGACCCAAGAGGUUCUAAAAGAACGGAGGCAUCUUGAAGCGGCCGUUGAAGGUUUGCAACCGCAAGUUAAAGCUGGAUUAGCAAAACUCGAACAAAUCAAGACAACCAAAGAAAAGAUUAAAGAGCAUGAAACAGCCAUGACUUCAAAUGAAAACUUUGUGAUUGAGGUGGAUGUUAUUAAGCCAGUCAAAAAACUGCUCACAAAGAAAGGAGAGUACAUUACCAACUGCCAGAACUGUUCCAUUACCUGCCACUACCCGUGUAUGAUACCGGACGAUAGUCAAAAACGUGGCUGUGCGUCGAUGGAUAGUUCUGGGAGGUGCACUGUCUGCCCUGGAAAAUGCAUUUGGAGUGUGCAUUUCAACCAGACAUACAGCUGGGACUAUGUACAAGUCAAAGAGAGCCAGACACUGGAAGAGCUUAAAGUCAAGUACAAUAAAGCUGCGAAAGAAAAGAUGACUGUUCAGGAGUUGAUUGAGAGUCAAGAGGAGGAGAUCGAUCAACUCCAAGGGAUGAUAGUGUCCCUCAUGGAUCAGUCAUCUCACUCUUUAACUCGUCUGCAAGAGAUCGCCCUGAGGCCUAACCCUCUGACCACUCCAGAUUACAUUGACAUGCUGAUUGAAGGAGAAAAGGCUGAGGCCAAAGUGGGUUACCAGGCACGUGUUCGGUCUUUGGAGGAGAUGAGGGAAAAAGCAACAAUCAUCUCCAGAGUGGCCAAACGGCAAAAACUCACAAAAACGGAAGAGGAAUUAUCUCGAGAGAAACAGGAGACGCAAAAAAAGAAAGGUUUCUUAAAGAGUGUUGCAAAUUUCUUUGGAUAUUAGGGGGGGAAAUGACAUGAAGGCUCUUUAAAAAAAAAUUGUUGUUGUAGACCUGAGCCAUGUUAUGACCAUUACUACAAUAUAAUACAUUAAUUACAAUUAUAAUGCUGACAUGCUAAAGUUAGCAUGACGCAUUAGCACUCACUUUUUGUCAUUAUCAAGCUUUGUUAGAUUUUAGAGAUGUUGUCCAGCAGGUUAAGACCCCCACCGACCUGCAUUAUGGAAAACUGCUUCUUAACUGACACACAGUCAUUGGUUGACCUCUGUCCGCUGGAGUAUUGGUGCCUAUAACGGUUACCACUCACUUUUGUUCUCUUAUUUUUAUUAAUCAAUUAUUAAGAUAUUUCAAUGUAUAAUACAUUUUCAUUAUAUGCCAAACAUUUAAGUUUCAAGACAAGGUUUUGGACUUCCACAGUUAUGUAACUUGUCUUGAAGAUGUUUGCGGUAACACAAAUGCUGUCUUGAUUCACAUGAUUAAAUUGAAGGUUUUAUUUGUCUUCAGUAGGUUAAAGCUUGUUCCUGUGAUGCUCAUCCUGAUCAAAGGACAGCACAGACGUUGCAGCUUCAUGUUUGCAGUUUGUGGAUAUUAAACUUGUUGAUCUUAAUGUGAUGCAUUUACUGUAUUUGUCUUCUUUUUUUGCUUACUGUUGAACAUAUAAUACAAAAAGCCAGUAAAUAAUUGAAUAGAAAUUUGACCAAAAGUCUAACAACAGUCAACAGUGCUUGAUUAUUAAAUGUAAUGUGAUUGAUGUGUGAUAAUAAAAGAUAUUGUUCAAUA